UUCAGCUUGUCAAAGUGCACGCUUCUUGGAGCGGCGGUGCGCAAGGGGACAUGUGCGAUGCUGAGGUCACGGUCGUCCCGCUGCACCGGCGACCUGACCUGGUGGGUGCGUGUGCUGACCUGGUGAACUCGGAGUGGCAGCGGAGCCGGGCUGCGCGGAUCCACUCCCUCGAGAAAUCCUGCGAUAGCUUCCCAGUCUGCCUGGUGCUGGUGUCGCGGGUGGAUCAGCUGCUGGGUCACGCGAGGCUGUCUCUGGUGGUGGGGCAGCCGCGAAGCCUCUUCGUGGAGACGGUGGUGGUCUCCCGGGAGCUCAGAGGGAAGGGCUAUGGGCGCAGGCUGAUGGAAGCCACCGAGCGCUAUGCCAGAUCCAGGGGAUUCUGGAGGCUCUGUCUGACUACACACGACAAGCAGCACUUCUACGCACACCUGGGCUUCGUCCUUUCAGAGCCAGUGCAGAAUGCAGGGUCAAUGACCACAUUCAUGCCUAUGGAGGUGCUCCAGAGGUUCUCCCAACCUCCAUCAACUGGCAGAGAAGGAGACAAAUUGGGACUCAAUCGAACGUCUUCACCUUCCCGUACUGCUCAUGCCUCACCUCCUCCACAGUCCCCUCCUUUAGCCCCCCCUGCCUCCUUUUUAAACCCUCCCCUUUCUCCCCAAGCACCUCCAUUAGCCCCAUUUCAGUUAAUGCCUGCCCUUUUAGCCCCUCCUCCUCCUCUAGCCCCACCACCAGCCCCUCAUUUAUCUCUUACCCCUCCACCACCACCUCCCCCCUUAGGGCUCAAGACUCUUGGCUCCCAGGAUCCCCCUGCUGGACAGACCUUGUUAGAAACACCGUACCGAGAUCACAAAGGCCAGCCCAUCUACUGGAUGAAGAAGGAGCUGUGAAGGUAGCUUCUUCUAGUUUAGUGUACCAUUGGACAGAACAACAUUGGUGUCCUACAAACUCUUUUCUGCUGAAAUAUUUGUCGCAAUCAACCAACGUUGCAUUCGAGAUGUGGUCUCUCUUACAGCCAACGAGCAAAUGUGUUCUUGCUUUUGUUAUGGAGCUGAGACACACUGUACAAACCAGCCUUAGACUCUAUCUCUGCCUUUGCAAGAAUCCUGCCAAGGAUGUUCUCACUCCCACUGCACCUUCCUCAGUUCUCCUUUAACACAUUGCUGUUUGAUGAUUUUUUUU